AAUCUGCAUUUUUUUGAGUUAGAAGUGGUGGAGAGUAGGCCAACGGUGUUGUUAACUGUCAGCUCUCCGGCCGCGCGAAACCUUAUCAGCUCACUGCUUUUGGAGAAGACGAAGUUAGAGAGAGAAAUACACAUACACAGAUAUGUCCCUUUCUCUCGCAUCACUCGUUUUCUCUCUCUACAGACCCACGACAUUCAACCCAGCACACGACUCCAAUCUGCUCACUAAACCCAGUAAACGUUUGAAAGUUCGGGCUUCCUCGUCUGCUGCUCCGGGAAUCGAUCUUACCACUCUGGAAUCCGCCUUUGCUAAGAAAGACAGUGAUGCUGUCAAAGAGGCACUUGAUCAGUUGAGUGAAGUUGGUUGGGCCAAGAAAUGGAGUUCUCAACCAUAUGUCUCACGUCGUACGACAUCUCUUCGGGAGUUGACAUCUCUUGGCAUAAAGAAUGCAGAGAAUCUUGCUAUUCCUAGCACCCGAAAUGAUGCAGCUUUUCUCUUUACCGUGGUCGGCACAACAGGAUUUCUGGGCGUUCUUGCUGGCCAGCUUCCUGGGGACUGGGGCUUUUUUGUGCCGUACUUGAUUGGAAGCAUCUCUUUGAUAGUUCUUGCUGUAGGGAGUAUUUCGCCAGGGCUGCUUCAAGCUGCCAUUGGUGGAUUUUCUUCGUUCUUCCCUGAUUACCAGGAGAGGAUUGCCAGACAUGAAGCAGCUCAUUUCUUAGUUGCUUACUUACUUGGCCUUCCCAUCCUUGGUUAUUCCUUGGAUAUUGGAAAAGAGCAUGUCAAUCUCAUCGAUGAACGGCUUGAAAAGCUUAUUUAUAGUGGGCAGCUCGAUGCCAAGGAACUAGACAGGUUGGCGGUUGUAGCGAUGGCUGGAUUGGCUGCAGAAGGUCUACAAUACGAUAAAGUUGUUGGUCAAUCCGCCGAUCUUUUCACUCUUCAGAGAUUUAUAAACAGGAGUAAACCGCAGCUUAGCAAAGAUCAGCAGCAAAACCUUACCAGAUGGGCGGUGCUAACUUGCAGGUGCUAUUUGCUGCGUCGCUAAUAAAAAACAAUCGGCUACUCCAUGAAGCCCUGAUGUCAGCGAUGUCAAACAAGGCAACAGUUGUUGAAUGCAUACAAGCAAUCGAGAAGGCUGAAUAAAUUUAGCCACUCUCUCUCUCUCUCUUAUUCUUUUGUGUGUGUAUGUAAAGAGAAGAAAAUUACUAACGCCACUGAUUUAUUGUUUGUUUCUUGAACCAACUUUACCAACUUUCUCAUAUAUGCUGAAUUGUAGCUGUUCGAUUUCUCAACAUAAUGUCUGAUUUUACAUUUCAUUACAAGCCAUUCCCUUU